AUGCCUCACAUGCCUCGACGGGCCCUGUCCCUGGCCACGCUGGCCGCGCUGGCCGCGCUGGCCGUGCCCGCCCUCGCGGCCGGCAAGCUCAACGUCUACUGGGGCCAGAGCGGCGACCGGACGCUCGCGCAAGUCUGCCAAGAGGACGCCCUCGACUACGUGACGCUGUCCUUUAUCAACGAGUCGCCCGAGAACGACGGAGCCACCAACUACCCGGGCAUGGAGUUCGCGGCGCACUGCCCGGGCACCACGUACGAGGUCGACGGCGAGGCGUCCAACCUCAUCAAGGGCUGCACGGACAUCCAGGAGGGCAUCCCCGUGUGCCAGGCGCUGGGCACCAAGGUGCUGCUGUCCAUUGGCGGCGUGUUCGACGCCGUCCUGGCCAACUACAACGUCACGACGGAGGCCAACGGGCGGUACUUUGCCGACUUCUUGUGGGGCGCCUUCGGCCCGUACAAUGCGACGUUUGGCGGGCCGCGGCCGUUUGACCUCGGCGCGACGGUGCACAAUGCCGUGGACGGCUUCGACUUUGACAUUGAGGCCGUCUUCCCGUCGGAGGCGCCGUGGAUUGCGCUGAUCGACCAGCUGCGGGGGUACUGGGCCGCGGACGCGCCGUACCUCGUCACGGGCGCGCCGCAGUGCCCCAUUGUGUCCGACGCCUCGCUGCCCAUGAAGCACAUGAUUGCCGAGGCGCAGUUUGACCUCAUCUGGGUGCAGUUCUACAACAACCCCGAGUGCGACGGCACGACGAGCGCCUUCAACUUUGACGAGUGGGUGGCCUUCUUGCCGGGCACGCGGAGCGCGCACGCCCAGCUGUACAUUGGCCUGCCGGCGGACCAGGGCGCGUCGGGCUACCUCGACGAGGCCACCCUGCGGUCCAUCCUGAACACGUACGGCUCGAGCCCGUCGUUUGGCGGCGUCAUGCUGUGGGACGAGUACCUGUCGUACACCAACACGAACGCGUCCGCGACGUCCACCGAGUCGUAUGCCGACCUGGUCAAGGAGGUCUUGGCGGGUGUGCCCACCCCGUCGCCGUCGUCGUCUGUACCGUCCACGUCGUCCCCGUCCUCGACGCCGUCGCCGACGCCCUGCAGCAACCCCUACACCGUCCAGCCGACCGACGACUGCUACGACAUCGCCGCCGCACACAACACCACGGUCGGCCAGAUCCUGGCGCUCAACCCGGCGCUCAACCGCUUCUGCGACUUGACGGCCGGCCAGUCCGUCUGCCUGCCCGAGCAGUGCACGCGCUACUAUACCGUGCGGCCGCAGGACACGUGCUACAAGAUCAACACGCUGUUCGGCAUCUCGUUUGACCAGCUGCUGGCGUGGAACCCCAAUGCGAUCAACGCCGACUGCACGAACCUCAAUGUGGGCCAGGUGCUGUGCGUGUCGACGGACAACACGACCACCUCCGCGUCGUCGUCCGCCACCUCGGCCUCGACACCGAGCUCCUCGUCGGCCGCCUCGGCGUCCGCCUCCCCGACGCCCGUCGCCUGCGCCCAGUACUAUACCGUCGCGGGCGGCGACUCGUGCUACGUCAUCGACACCAAGUACGGCUUGACGUUUGCGGAACUGCAGGCACUCAACCCCACCGCGGGCAUCAACAAGGACUGCACGAACUUGCAGCCCGGCGAGGUGUUGUGUGUUGCGUCGGUCCUCCCCAGCUCCAGCGCCAGCGCCAGCACCAGUUCCAGAGCCAGUUCCAGUGUGUCUGUUCCGCUGUCGACGGGCGCCACGACAUCAUACAGCAGCGCGACAUCAUACAGCAGCGGUUUCUCGACCAUCACCACAAGCAGCCGGUCGUACAUCUGGUCGAACAGCACGUCCGUCGGGACUUCUUCGAUGCUGAGCAUCAACUAG